AUGCUCGAUUCCACCAUGUCCGAUCCUCUCCCGAUCGCCAUUGACCCCGUGGCGUUGGUGACCACGGAAUGCAUCACAGUCACCUCGUCCAUGCGGAAGCACGCCCGCUGGGCGCACUCCUCCGUCUCCGCCAUCCUGGGGGGCAACGGAGGGUCUCGUGUUUACGAGCGAGAUACCUCGGCGCCUCCCAGCCCGCGCAAAAGUGGGCAGUCGCUCCGUUCCGAAGACGACCAUGCUUUGGCCAAUCGAUGGGGCCUCCGGGGCAAGAAAGGGAAGAGCAUGCAGGAUAACCCGUUGAUUUCGGCCUUCACCCGCCUGCGGAGCGAUCUCAAGGGCUGCAAAGACAUCAGGACCUUCGAUACCCCGGCUCUUCUCCAUCCGUUUCUCCAGGUCAUCCGCUCCUCGUCGACCUCAGCCGCCAUCACCUCUCUCGCCUUGGUCGCCAUCACCAAGUUCUUCUCCUACAACAUUAUCAACCGAGACUCUCCUCGACUAUCCAUGGCAAUGCAGCUCCUCUCGGCGGCCAUCACACACUGCCGAUUCGAAGCGAGUGACUCGGCCGCAGAUGAAAUCGUCCUUCUUCGAAUCUUGAAAUUGAUGGAGGGCAUGCUCUCCCGGCCAGAGGGAGGAUUGCUUGGGGACGAGAGUGUUUGUGAGAUGAUGGAGACAGGCUUAAGCAUGUGUUGCCAGGUUCGCUUGUCAGAGGUCCUACGGAGAUCUGCUGAAAUGUCCAUGGUGAACAUGUGCCAGGUCAUCUUCAUGCGGUUGUCUCAUCUCGAUCAAGAAUUACCUUCGGGACAGACCCCAUUCACAGAGGAGAGUGUGAAGAAGGACGCGGCGAACUUGAAGAUGGACCCGUCCGUGAACGGCGAUACUGUGACAUCACAACACCAAUCCGUGAUGAGCUCAGAUACGGCCGCCCCCGAACGAGACAGCACGAGCCGCGAAGGAUCCUCCGAACAGGCGGGUACCGGGGUUGCUGCCACCGCCCCACCCAGCCCACACGAUGAUGAUGCCGAUGAGGAGGUUCAGCCGUAUUCAUUAGCCUCAAUCCGAGAGCUGUUCCGAGUCUUGAUCGACCUUCUGGACCCUCACAACCGGCAACAUACCGAUACUAUGAGGGUGAUGGCUCUUCGCAUCAUCGAUGUUGCCCUCGAGGUGGCUGGUCCAUCUAUCGCUCGGCAUCCCAGUCUAGCUGCCUUAGCCAAAGACGACCUCUGUCGCUAUCUAUUCCAAUUGGUUCGCUCAGAACAAUUGGCGAUUUUAACGGGGUCUCUCAGAGUUGCUGGUACCCUGCUAUCGACAUGUCGGCCUGUGUUGAAGCUACAACAGGAGCUCUACCUCUCAUAUUUAGUAGCAUGCCUUCACCCUCGCGUGGAGAUUCCGCGUGAAGCUGGAAUUGACCCUUCUCUAUAUGAGGGCGUACCGCAAGCCCCAAAAUUGGUAAAACAACCAUCAUCGCAGACAAACAGUGGCCGAUCAACACCAGUUCCCGUUAAAGAUCGACAAAAGCUCGGACUUGAGGGCGGCUCACGAAAGCCCGAGGCUCGUGAGGCGAUGGUGGAAAGUAUCGGAGUCCUCUCCCGGAUUCCUAGCUUCAUGGUUGAACUUUUUGUCAACUAUGAUUGUGAGGUGGAUCGAGCCGAUCUAUGUGAGGACAUGAUUGGACUGCUUUCUCGCAAUGCGUUCCCCGACUCUGCAACUUGGAGCACCACAAAUGUGCCUCCGCUGUGUCUAGAUGCUCUUCUUGGUUAUGUACAAUUCAUUUACGACCGACUGGAUGAUGACCCAGUACAAGGAGACUAUCCGCCACAGGAGCGCCUUCGCAGUCAACGCAAAACAAAAAAAAUUAUCAUCAAAGGAGCGCAAAUGUUUAACGAGAACCCGAAGGCGGGGAUUGCCUGGCUUGCAGAACAUGGUGUCAUUGAAGAUGCGAACAAUCCUGUACUGGUUGCUCGUUUCUUAAAGGGAACUGGACGACUGUCAAAGAAGGUCCUUGGAGAUUUUAUCUCUAAGCGAGAUAAUGAAGAGUUACUGGGAGCCUUCGUUGAUCUUCUUGAUUUCUCGGGGAGAAGCGUCGUCGAAGCACUCCGAGAGCUGCUCAGUUCAUUCCGAUUACCUGGUGAAUCGCCUCUUAUCGAGCGAAUUGUUACAACCUUUGCUGAGCAUUACAUGGAGAAAGCUAAGCCUGAAGGAAUUGCCGACAAAGACGCGCUAUACAUUCUGACUUAUGCUAUUAUCAUGCUGAAUACGGAACUUUAUAAUCCUAACGUCAAGUCGCAAAACCGCAUGUCGUUCCCGGCUUUUGCCAGAAACCUCCGGGGAGUUAAUUCAGGCGGUGAUUUUGCUGAAGAUUUCCUCCAGGACAUAUACGAUUCCAUCAAGGAGAACGAGAUCAUUCUGCCUGAUGAGCAUGAGAAUAAGCAUGCUUUCGACUAUGCUUGGAAGGAGCUCUUGCUCAAGUCUUCCUCUACCGGUGAAAUGGUGGUGGGUGAGACCAAUGUGUACGACGCGGAGAUGUUCGAAGCGACAUGGAAGCCGGUGGUCGCAACCCUUUCUUAUGUUUUUAUGUCCGCCUCUGACGACGCUGUGUAUUCUCGCGUUGUCAAUGGAUUCGACCAAUGUGCUCAAAUCGCCGCUCGCUACGGAUUGACUGAGGCAUUUGAUCGCAUUGUCUCCUCUCUUUCGUCUAUCAGUACUUUGGCAACAAGCAAACCCCCAAGCACAGCGCUCAACACAGAGGUUCAGGCUGGUAAGAAGAGUGUGAUGGUGAGCGAACUGGCUGUGAAGUUUGGAAGAGAUUUCAGAGCCCAAUUGGCCACUGUCGUGCUAUUCCGAGUAUUGGCGGGUAAUGAAUCUACUCCAAAGCAGGGGUGGGACCAAAUCAUACGAAUUCUCAGCAAUCUGUUCAUCAACUCAUUAAUUCCGCCAUUCGACUCACAAAUGACUGCCGAACUGGAUAUCUCCCCAAUUCCGCUCCAGCCUCCGUCUCAGGUUGUCGAUCGAGAUGGACGGAACAACGAAACCGGACUGCUCUCUGCAUUCACUUCCUAUCUUUCAAGCUAUGCCGCCGAUGACCCACCUGAGCCUUCCGACGAGGAGCUUGACAAUACUUUGUGCACGGUAGACUGUGUGACCGCAUGCUCAAUCCCCGAAAUAUUGGCUAACAUGAAAACCCUGCCUUUGUCGUCCUUGGAAAAGCUUGUGGACGCGUUGUUAUCUCAACUUCCCGAGGAUAACGCACCUGCUGUCAUUGUUGUAAAACCGGAACGCCCUAUUCCAGUAUCAAGACCUUCAAGCGCCCGAGUCGACCCUGAUCAGCCUAAAUACGAUCCCUCAAUGAUCUUCCUUUUAGAGUUGGCGACCAUCCUCACUCUCCGUGAUGAAAAGACUCUGGGAGCUCUUGGUGAGACUUUGGCGACGACGCUCCAAACAUUGGUGCGCGACGCCAAGAACCUCCACCCCUUGACCGUAUCUCGCAUUGUGUCUUACUUGUUCAACCUGCUACGUCUGAGUCAUGACCAGCAUUUUAUGAGAGUACCUGUCGUCCUUCAUGCCAUAUCCGGGUACGAUCAAGAUAUCUUGGAGACUGUUGCUGUUCCUACAGUGAAGGGGCUGGCCCGUUGCAUUGCACACACCGGUCGAUUAAGAAAUGAGAUCACAAUUUCCCCCGACUUCUGGUCAAUUCUUCAACGACUGCACCAACAUGAGGAGGCUGCACCCCUAGUGUUUGGGUUGCUUCAAAGUAUUGUGGAUUCUAUGCCCGACAUUGUGACAGGCGACAACUAUGAAUUUGCUGUUGCACUUGCGAAUGACUUUAUCAGCGCCGGGCACAUCGGCUCCAUUGAUGAGCGCCAGAGGGAUACUCAUGCCCGUCGGACAAAGGGAGUCAAGCAGUCCAAACUCAGCGAGAACCAGAUCGUCACUCGUGGCAUCAAGUCGAUUGGGCUGAUCUACCAUUUAACUGGCCGCGUGCCUUUGCUCAUCAGGCAGUCUCACCUGGAAGAGCGUGAAGCCUGGUCUGCCUACUGGUCUCCCAUUUUCGAGUCUCUACGUGGUCAGUGCACGAACCCAUGUCGCGACAUUCGACACCAUGCCAUUUCGACAUUGCAACGAUCUCUACUUUCCGCUGAGCUGAUCUCUGGCGAUGACAAGGAGUGGGCCACCAUUUUCGAUGAGGUGCUUUUCCCGCUGAUUCUGCGCCUUCUGAAACCUGAGGUCUAUCAUUCUGAUCCCAUUGGCAUGGGUGAAACUCGAGUCCAAGCUGCGACCUUGGUCUGCAAAAUCUUCUUGCGCUUCCUUGAUCAGCUGCCAAACCGGGAAGGCAUGCUUCCUCUUUGGCUUCAGAUUUUGGAUAUUCUCGACCGAAUGAUGAACAGCGGUCAGAGCGAUAGCCUGGAAGAGGCAAUCCCUGAAAGCUUGAAAAACAUUCUUCUUGUCAUGGCAGAUGGUGGCUACCUGGUACCUCCGUCUCAGGAUUCGAGUAAGGAAGAGAUGUGGCUCGAGACUCGCAAGCGCCUUGGGCGCUUCGUGCCUGAUCUUUUUGCGGAGGUUUUCCCUGACACUGUGAAUGAAAAAGAAAAAUCUCAGCCGGGCUCUGCUAUUCCAUCUCCUCCCAAGCCCGCGAGUGAUGCUGGGAAAGAGAGCGAGGAAGUUGUGCCCUCGUCAAGUGUUGGUUCAGGAGAUGCACCGGCAGCCGACCAAGCAGGUAGUCAACCUACACCCGAGACUGCGCCCUGA